AUGGCGACUAAUCUCCCCUUUCCACCGCACACACCCGGCGCCCAGGUGCACCGGAAGCGACGCUACACCUGCUGCACACGCAACUGGAGCUGGACUCCGAGCUGCCCGAGAGCUUCGCGCAUUCCUGUUGCUAGGCAACGACUUGCUCGCCGACCCUCGGCUGCUCCUGCCACAAGGGGAGCAGCAGCUGAAGUCAAAACGGCAGUUCCUACCACAAAGGGAACGAUGGUUACUGCGACGGUUAAGAGACGAUUCGGAUUCAACGCGGCGAAGAAAGAUACAGGGGAAUUGAAAACUGCGCCGAAAAGAGCAGGCGAGCAUGAGAAAGGUUGUAUGGCUUCAGGUCCUGGCCCGUGCAGUGUGACGGGGUGCUUUAGCUCGGUGUCAAAGCAUAGAGCGAAGUUCGAGCACCUGUCGUCGCCGACGGUGGAGAAGUCGCCGGAGAUGAGGAAGGUGCCUGUUAAGACGUACUGGGUCCGCACAGGAGGGAAGAAGGAGGAAGAAAACCGACGCCCUGCCCCACCAACAAGAACAAAGCUCCCAGCCCCAGGCCAUCGAGCUGCCUUUAUCAAGUGCGAAGGAAACGGCCACGGCUCCAUCGGCCGCCGCAUCCGACCUGCCCUCGCCGGCCUCUUCGAAACCGGACCCCCCCACCUCGAGCCGAACAACAUCCCCAGACCUCCCCCACUCCCCCUCAAGGACUGCCGUCUCGCCGCUCCACCACCUUCCCCAGUCACCGCUGGGAGUACACUGCGCGCACCACAGCCUGUCAUCACCGCGGUGCGAGCAGUCAACGCUCCUGUGCUCAUCCGUGAGCAGGAGGUCCUCCGGCGCCUCGAUGAAGCUCACCUAAGUUCGCCCGUGUUUCGCUGCGCGGGGCCGCGCAAUAUGAAUGACUACUCCGAGGGCGAGCUCACGAUGACGUAUUUUGGAGAUCCCGAGGAGCAGGAGGAGUAUCCGCAGCGUGCGGGGAUCAGGAACUGGGUCAAGGGGACGUGGAAAAGUCUAAGGCUUACUGGCGGUGGGGAGGAAGCGAGGGUGAUAGUGCUGCCGAGGGGAUGGUUGGAGGAGGGGGAGUAG